AUGAAAUCUACAAUACUUACUGACACACCAGAAAAAGAAAAAUUAAGAGAAGAACAGGAAAUAAGCAAUAGAAAAAAGGAAGCCAAAAAUUUAAAAUUAAAAAAAAGAAACUUUCUAGAAUCAAACACUAAAAAUAAGAAUAAGAAAAAAUCAAAACCAAAGACAAUUGUAGCAAGUUCUGAUGAAGAAGAUGAUUAUUUUUGUAUAGUUUGUUUGGGAGCUUAUUCAAAGAGUCGAAAGGUACAAGAUUGGAUUGAGUGUACUUCAUGUAAGAAAUGGGCACAUGAAAAAUGUGCUGGAAAACAAAAUGUGUUAUUUUAUAAUUGUAAGCAUUGCACUUCGGACAUAGACGAAGAUUAA